CUAAACUAGGAUACCAAAAUAAAAGCCAGCUGCACUUCAUUCUAUUCUCAUAGCUAGUAGUUUUCCAUUCCCUUUAACUUUCUCUUCUUUAUUUUCAGAAAUGUUUCUGCAAAAAGUUUCCUCAGCAAUGCUUUUGCCUUUGCAGCUCUGAAAGAAGUUACAGGAAAAAAAAAAAAAAAAAGUGAGAGAGAGAGAUAUGGAUCCUGUGCUUCAUGAGGGGGAAGAUGAUUCAGAAGAAGAGGAAGAACAAUGCAGGAGGAGAAAAGGGGCAAUAAUGGCGGAUGGAUUCGAGAAAGAAACGCAGAGAGUGAAGGCGAAGAAGAGAGGGAAAGGAGGGGAAGUGAUGAUGAAUGUGAACGGCGGAGGCCGGAUUGUACGCGCCACCGGCCGGAAAGAUCGUCACAGCAAGGUUUGCACGGCGCGUGGAACUCGGGACCGCCGUGUGCGGCUGUCGCCGAACACCGCAAUCCAGUUUUACGAUGUUCAGGACCGGCUCGGAUAUGACCGGCCCAGUAAGGCCAUUGAUUGGUUAAUGAAAGAGGCGAAAGCUGAGAUUGAAGCUCUCAAUAACGCUUCAACUGCGAUUAACCAAACAGGCCUUAAAGAAGAAGAAGGGGAUAUUCUUGUUCAGAACUGCUCAAAUAAUCCAAGUUUCUCAUCAAUUUUCCCCAUGGAAAGUAACAAUUUGCACCCAAAUUGUGUGUCUUUCCCAGACGCCUCUUCGUCGUCAUCGUCCAUCUUUUUCUUUGAUGAUCAGAGGCUAAUCAAUUGGAAUGUUUGCCCAGAAAAUGGCAAAGUAGCAGAAGAGGGCUCUUUCACUCCAGCCCAAAAUCAAGUGUUUUCUCAGAGGGAACCCCUUCAGUCCAGCUUUUUUCCUCAAACUACUUUCUCUUACGCCGCCGCCAUGGGAGGAGGAUUUGGCGACAAUAAUGAGCUCUCCGGGAUGUCCACGGCGGCGGCGGAGGAGCACCACCACCUCACUUCCGGCAGACCAACCACCUCCCUUCUGGAUUAUCAUCACUAGAACCAAUAUUUCUGAUCUGAUCUCCUCCAUUCCAUUUUCUCUCAAUCUAUAAUAUAUGUUUCAUUUCAAUUGUCAAAGUUUUCCAAUCUAGCUCCGAUCAAGAAUUAAUCAAGAAAACCCUUGAUCAUAUAAUAGUGUUUUCCUGCAAGUUCCAACUAACACUGUACUAUG